AUGGCAGACUUAGAGAAAUUGCUCCUGGAGGCAGCUGGAAGGACAACUACGACUGUGAGGAACCGCCAUUCUUCUCCGCCAUCUAGAAGACGACGAAAAAGUUCACAUCCUGAUGAUGGAAGUGACUUCAAAAAUGAUGACUCAGAUGAUGAUCGCGGUUAUUCAAAUAGAAAACCUUCUGGCUCACAAGUGCCUCUCAAGAAGAGGUUGGAUCCUGCAGAGAGAGAGAAUGAUCGUAGUAGUCAGGAAGAUGUCGAUGAAGACGAUGAUUACGAUAAAGGGCGUGACAGUGAUGAUGAUUCUGUUGGGAGUGAUCUGUACAAGGAUGAAGAUGAUCGGGAAAAGCUUUCAAAGCUGACUGAACUUGAACGAGAAAUGAUACUAGAAGCUCGUGCAACAAAGAGAAGUGACAGAGAUUUGACUGAAAAAUUGAAAAAAAGGAAGGGUCAAGAUAAAAAAGGAAGCCAUCCCACACCACCUACGCGCAGCAGCAUGCGCUCCAAAGCUGAAAGGGGCCAAAGGGCAGGUGCACUGGAUGAACUAGUUAAACGAAGAAGGGAUGCUAAGGGAAGUUCUGGCGGGCGAUACUCCCCUGUAAAAAGGAGAUCUUUUGCCACUGCCACUUUUAAUAGUCCCAGCCGGAGUGGAAGUGGGUCUCAUAGUGAUGAGGGAGAUUCAACAGGGGAUGGUGGAAUGGCUGAUAGUGAUGAUGAGAAGACUUCAGAUUCUAAGACACCUACGUUUGAGGAUAUUAAGGAAAUUACAAUUCGAAGGUCAAAACUGGCAAAAUGGUUUAUGGAGCCCUUCUUCGAUGAGCUGAUUGUUGGUUGUUUUGUGAGGGUUGGUAUUGGGAAGUCGAGGUCGGGGCCUAUUUACAGACUCUGUAUGGUUCGCAAUGUUGAUGCCACAGACCCCGAUAGGCAGUAUAAGCUUGAUAACAAAACCACAUACAAGUACCUGAAUGUUGUCUGGGGCAAUGAAAGCUCUGCUGCUAGGUGGCAGAUGGCAAUGAUUUCAGAUUCUCUGCCACUCAAGGAGGAGUUUGAUCAAUGGGUCAGGGAGGUAGAACGCGGUGGUGGUCAUAUGCCUAGCAAACAGGAGGUGUUGGAAAAGAGAGAGGCCAUACAGAAAACAAACACAUUUGUCUACUCAGCUGCCACCGUGAAACAAAUGUUGCAGCAGAAAAAGUCUGCCACAUGGCGACCACUAAAUAUUGCUGCUGAAAAAGAUCGUCUCAGGAGGGAGUUGGAAGUUGCCAAAAUGAGGGAUGAUGAGGUAGAGAUUGAGAGGAUCAAGGCAAGACUGCAAGAAUUGGAGGCGUCGCGUCAAACCCAGGGGAAAGAUUCGAAGGCAAUUCGGUUGGCAGAAAUGAACAAGAGAAACAGGGUCGAGAAUUUCAAAAACGCAUCAGAAAAGAAAGCAGUGAAUACAAGUUUGAAAGCUGGCGAGGCUGGGUAUGACCCCUUUUCAAGAAGAUGGACUAGAUCAAGGAAUUAUUACCUGUCGAAUUCGGGUGGAGGAGAAGAGGCAGCUGAGACAAAUGGUGAUGCAAGUGCUGCGCUAGAGGUUGCUAAUAGUAAUGGAGGAGUUCCAGUUACGGCUGAGGCUGGAUUGGCAGCCACAGAAGCAGCCUUGGAAGCAGCAGCUGAUGCCGGGAAGUUGGUGGAUACAAGAGCUCCAGUCGAUCAAGGGACUGAAUCGAACCUGUUACAUAAUUUUGAAUUGCCGAUUUCAUUGGCUGUGCUUCAGAAGUUUGGCGGGCCUCAAGGAGCCCAAGCUGGAUUUAUGGCUAGGAAACAAAGGAUAGAAGCAACUAUAGGCUGUAAAGUUCCUGAGAAUGAUGGGAGGAGGCAUGCGCUGACCUUGACAGUCAGCGACUACAAGAGACGGAGGGGGCUAUUGUAA